GUGCUGUGGCCUGGAGUAGCGAUGGCUGCAAAUGCUACCUUGGAGAAUUCUGAGCUGUGACAGGUGACAGUUGUGAUGAAUGUCGAGACGAAAACCUUCCAAGCCCAGUUGUUUCCAGCAUUCUCCACCCGUGCCUCUUUCUUAGGAAACUCAACCGACUCCAGCUUGUUGCAACCUACACCACCUCUACACAGCACAGUAACAAUCCAAGCCCCCCGGCAGCCCAGUAGUAGCAGCCUCCAUCUCCGCCCUGCCUCGCUCAGUUCCGGCCCGGCCCUCCCCUCGUCCCAGGUCCAGCAGCAGCUCCGAGCAAAGCUGUGUGUGCUACCUACUACCUCGAUAGCUCACGGCAUAUUCCAUCUCUCACUCACCUUUGCAGAGACACAAGCUCCAGCAGAACCACCGGCGCUGGCCCUAGAAUGGCGUGACCCUGGGACCUGGAUUUGUUCUUUUUAUUUUAUUUUAUGCUUCUUCUCUUUGUCGGCUCUGCUACCAUCGACCACCGUUCCGUCCCUUCGGCUCAACUCUAACUGCCGAGCCAGCUCUGGUACUUCGUCCACCUUCCACCGCCAAAACCCAACAAGCAAAAAGCCCCUUGCCUGUGCCUAAGCUGCGGGCCAGCGCCGCUGACAUCGCGUGCCGGUUGGAGGGGGACCUCUGAAUGUUGGAGCUGCUGACGGGACAGACUAAACCCGCUCGGACUUUCCACAAAUCUGUGGACGUCCUUUCUCUCUCUCUCUCCAGGUCCGCCGAGUCGCCUGUACAAGAUUCGUCCAGAGUCCUGACUGACUCUUGUCAACCUCAACCGUCGACGGCUUGACAGUUCGUCUUAUUUUCCGUCUCGACAUUCUCACGGACGGUCUCCUUCAUCUUCGUCCCACCGCUUGCUGGCCUCGAGGGUCUGUCGGUUUCAGCUCUUGGGGUGUCUAGAACGUUGAGAGAGCCUCAAGCACACGGUGUCGAUCUUUUCGGUCUCUUCACCUGUGGCGAUACAGCGUGCGUUAUAAACAGGAAAUUCCGCUCUCCUGAACCAGACCUCGGCAGCACCCGACAAGUCUUGUCCAUCCGACCACACAGAAGCUCUCGGUUGCUUCAGCCAAAGCACUGGCGAUAACCUCUCUCCAUUCGACGCAUUGCUCGCCAGCCUUGUCACUGCCUGCGGCGGUAUGAGCUGCGAGCUCGGUCUUGCUUAUCCUACUCACAACAUUGUCUCCAGCAGCGGCUAGGACACAGGCUCUGUCCGAAACCUUGAACGCCUCGGAAAACCUUGCUGAGCAAGAAACAGAACAGGCUUUUCCCCCUCAUCUCCCUCUCAAACAAACACACAAGAUGCCCAUCAUAAACGGGCAAAAAAUGGCCUGCGGGCCAUGCAUUCGCGGCCAUCGCUCUACGAAAUGCAAUCACUAUAACGAGCGGGUGAUGGUGCCGGUGAGGAAGCCUGGUCGCCCCUUGAGCACCUGCCCCUGCCCACCUGGGAAACCAUGUGUAUGCGGCGGCGUUAGAGUUGCCAUUCCGAAGAAGCAAAAGUGCCAUUGUCCAGCUGGGACUGUCGACAGUGCUACCAGCUCCGAGUUCGACCCUUCGCCAGUUGACACACCCAUCUCACCAGCAUCACGCACCUCUUCGAAUCGAGUCACCAAGUCGGGUUCGGGGUCCAAGUCAGCCAGCCGAAGGCAAUCGCUUGCGCUUGCGAACUUGGAGAGGAUGGAUCCCAACUCCAUCAACCUGAUCCCGUCGCCCAAUGGAAAUGGAAUGAUUGGAAUCACGGCCAUGGUGAGCCCAAGGGACGCGACGUUUGGACAUCCGAUGGGGAUGGUAUCCAUGGGGCCUCGGGAGUCUUUUGUGCCUGCACCACCACCGGAUUUUGGUGGUCCAAUGGGAUACAACAUGCCCCCAAGCAUGCCGCCACACAUGCCACCGCCUCACUAUCCCCCGCAUAUUCAGAUCUCGCAGCAUAUCAAGACGGAAAAUGGCGGGUUCGUCCCGAUGCUGAACGGGACUUUUGUCUCGCCAGUGCCCAUUCCCGCCUUUGUCGAUGGCCCUCACCCACAGGGAAUGCAGGCGUUCAACGGGCCGCCGCCGCCACCACCUCCCAAUCCUGUUCUCGAACCAUCGGCCAUGUCCAAGCCGAAGGGAGGUUCGGGAGGCGGGGGCUGCUGUGGUGGUGGCAACAAGGCACCCCCCAUUCAGGCGCCUCCUCCAGUGCCGGCUCCUCUUCCUACCCCUCCUCAGCAGCAAAUGCCGAACACAAUGCCACCACCCCAAUCACAGAAUGCCCCGUCAGGCGGAGGCGGCAGCUGUUGCAGCAGCAAACCUUCGCAGCCACCCCCCAUGCCCCAGAUGAGCCCCAACGCUAUGCAGGCACCCCCUCAGCCGGGUUUUGGUCCGGGAUUCAUUCCCCAGUAUCAGACUCCGAUCGAUAUCAAGAUGGAAAACAUGCACCACCAUCAGCCAUUCCAGUUUCCCGGUCAGACUGUGUUCACCUAUCCCGCCGAGUAUGGCUCAUGGCAGAUGCCCAUCAACCCAGCCAUCUGGCAGCAAGUUGUCUCACGGCCGCCCACGCAGCAGCAACACGAGACGUCUAUUUCUGCCAUUGCUCCCAACGGCAACAACGGGACCGUGGGCGGGAACUCUCACGAGUGCGGCUGUGGUGAGGGCUGCCAGUGUGUUGGCUGCCUGGCUCAUCCGUUCAACUCGCAAAUGCUUCAGUAUGUGCAGAACGCCUACAGCCCCAACAGCAGCCACGGCAACAGCAGGAGCGCGGAUUCCAGCGCCAAUGCCAGUCCCAGCGCGAACCCUUUGAACCUGGCGAGUCCUGUGGAGAUUCCCAGCGGGCCGGAGCUGCCGCCAUCACACCAGACACAACCGCAGCCACCACCAAGGCCGAACGCGAACGAGUCUGAUGGCUCGUCGAACGCGCCCACUCCGCCGAACGAGGGAUCGCCGGCUCUGUCGAACGAGGAGGAGCUGACGGCGCUGGAUUACUAUUUUGUCCACUUGCCCAUUUCGGCUUUGUGCGUGGGGGCGUUGGACAUGUGCCCUUGCGACGAGUCUUGCGAGUGUGUGGGGUGUUUGGUGCAUAACACUGCGGGAUUCCCUCAGGGGGAUGGGGGGUUCUCUUAG